CAUGGUCUUCCAGUUUCUCUGACGCGCAGGCAGAGCUGCAGUGACUAAAAACUUUUGUUCCGGGACGCGAGGUUUGUUUGGCAAAGCUGGAAGUCAGUGAGCUCGCACGGAGAAGGAAACGGGAGAAAGAGUGUGGGAAAAUCCUGCGGCAUUGAAGCAGGGCUUGACUCUUGAGGAUGGUGCAGAACAUGGAGAUCAACGUGUCCUUCCUGACCGACUCGGAGCAAGAAUUCAUACUAGAGGUCCUUCGGCGGGAUGAGGAGCUCAGGCGCUUGGAGGAGCUGCGUGUGAAGAAGCUGAAAUCCGAGUUGCUGGAAACCAGAAGAAAGGGUGCGAAGCGUGGCAGUGGGAAAUACAGUGAACGCAGUUGUGGCCGCUGCCAAGAGCCCAUGGGCCUUCUGACCAGCAACGGUAGCCAAUGCAGAGUAUGCAAACAUCAGGUUUGCAGAAAAUGCCAAUCAGUUCGACCCAAUGGAUCUUGGGUGUGCACAGUGUGUGCCAAAGAGAUAGAUCUGAAGAUGAGCACCGGAGACUGGUUCUAUGACGAGAGGGUUAACCGCUUCUCUGCAGCUCCUGGACACGACUUAGUCCGAGUUUCCCUCAGGAAGAGGCCUCUGAUUAAAAAGAAAGAGACAGCUGGGGAAAUGCUAUUAAACAGAGCUGACUUGAAUUCCAGCCAAGCUGUACCUGUGCCCAAACCAAGACUAAAGGACGUCGCGCUAGCAAAUAAGAGCUCACCUCUUGAGGCUUAUGAGGGACUUGAUGUGCGAGAGCAACAACGUAGCGACACAGAAUCAAUAGAAAUAGCCAGUCUGGGAACCAGUCGCACUGAGACUGAAUUCUCCCACAGUACCCCCUCAAUGCAGAGAAAAGAGGAACUGACAGCCAAGACUAGUCCCACAGGCUCUGCUGUGUCCAUCCUGACGGCCCCCAGUAACAGUGACAGCCCCUCUACCACUGAGACAGCCUCAUUAAUUCAUCACAUGAAUUCCUGCUCUGACUCUUUGCGUGACGUGGAUGGGCUUUUUAAGAAAAGUGUCAGAAGAGUGCACAAACUGUCAGAUAUUAAACCAGCCUCCACACUUGAUUUACAUGAAGAUGGAACAGAAAGCGCUGCUCCAUCUAUGAGAGAUAGAAGCAAGUCCGUUCCUGGCCUUAAUGCUGAGGAGGAUGAGGAGGAGGAGGAAGAUAUUGAUAACUUGGUUAAUAUACACAGGCAGAAAUUUGGUAAAAGCUUGGGAAGUCUGGGAGGCUCAAGGACCACCCUUGGCAGUAUGAUGAGUGUGUACAGUGAAGCAGGAGACUAUGACCGUGUGGAAGUGAGUGGAGAUAUUGUCUUCUCUCUCAGCUACGAUGAGUCCAGCCAGAGCCUGUCUAUUGUGGUCCAUGAAUGUAAAGGGCUGGCUUAUGCUGAUGCAGCAAAAAAGAAGUGCAACCCAUACGUCAAGGCUUACCUCCUCCCAGACAAGAGCAAGAAGAAAACUUCCAUCAAACAUAACAUCAACCCCAGUUUUAAGGAAACACUGAAGUAUUCCGUCAGCCGCACCCAGCUGAUGACUCGCACACUACAACUCUCUGUUUGGCACUAUGACCGUUUUGGCCACAAUGCCUUUCUGGGUGAGGUGGAGGUACCACUGGCUAGCUAUGACAUUGACUCAGCAGUUGAAGAGUGUAUGGCUCUUAGAGGAAAGGCAGCUGCCCAUUUGGCAUCAUCUCCAUUCGAUCAAUACAAAGGAGAGCUGGUGAUUUCACUUAAAUAUGUCACAGCAAAUACGACACAUCCAGAGGACUCUAAUGGAAAAGGGAAAAAGACCAAACCCUCAGAUGGUGCUGAGCUGCAUGUGUUGAUCAAAGAAGCCAAAAAUCUCACAGCCAUGAAAGCUGGAGGCACAUGUGAUUCCUUUGUGAAAGGGUAUCUGCUGCCAUUGAAGAGCAAGUCUUCCUCAAAGAAGAAGACUCCAGUUGUGAAGAAGACAAAGAACCCAAACUACAACCACACAUUUGUGUACAAAGAUCUGAGUCUGGAGCAGCUGAAUGACAUGUGUCUGGAGCUCACUGUCUGGGACAGAGAGACCCUGUCCAGCAACGACUUCCUGGGAGGAGUUCGCCUCAGCUUGGAAGCAGCUACUGUCACGGAAGGAAAUGAAGAGUGGGUGGCAAACUCCACAGGGGAGGAGAUCUUGCUGUGGAAAAAGAUGAUGCAGUACCCUGACUCUUGGGCAGAGGGCACUCUUCCACUGCGCUCAUCCAUGGGAAAAGCCAAGUAAGGACAUUGUGCAAUCCCCCCCAAGCCAUUAUCAGGACAGAGGUUUACACAUUCCACAACGCUUGUGUGUUUCUGUUACAGCUGUGCAGCCCUGUAA